AUGACCAACACAUAUCGGACAAGGGAUGAACCAACCCAACAAGACUGUCCAAAAGCCCAAUACCCAAGUGCACUACACCACGAUACCAGAACCCACCUAACCCUCACAACCCGGGACAGCACCCGCUCGACCAACACACCCCCGACACUAAUAGGAUCCCCAAACAGACACAGAAGGACACCAACACAGAAGGGACACCCCAACAAGACUACACCCCGACGCAUGACACACACACAGCCACCGCCCACACACAUCAAAGAACAGCGACUAGCGCAAAGGGGACACCCACAACAAACGCGCACACAGGACAAAAACUACCUGACGGACCCUCGACCCCCAAACGCCCCACUACUCGACAACCACUCCCUACCCCCCACCCCAACGGACCAGUAG